UUGGGUGACCACACAUGGUGCGUGCCUCGCUUCCAGAAUGAACAAUGCUCAUCGCUUCGCCCUGUGGGCGCUCAGCGUGGCCGCCACUGCCAUUCUAGCCGACAUCGCAAACAGCGGUCCCUACUUCAUAGACAUAGAGUCUUUCGAGCCGUGCGAUGACAUCGGACCGCUGGGCAUCAACUUCGAAGUCCGCCUCAUUGUGGACUCCGACAACAACACCGUCUACGAAGGAGACCUCACUUUUCCGUACGACUUGAGCGAUCCAGAGAUGACGUCCAGCCUGUUAAUCGACCGAUGGGGCAGCACUGGUGGCUGGAGCCGCAUCUACAACAUAACGGAGAAAGAUAUGUUCAUGUACAUUAAGCUCAACUUUCCUAACGUCUUCGAAGUUUUCUACGGCUCCUUUGGUGUCACGGGCCCUCCAGCACCAGCCGGCAAGUACAGCAUGAAGCACUUCUUUCCACUGAACUUAAAGUUGCAGAAGAUGGCCUCGCUAUUGUAUGGACGCUUCAAGCUGAAAUAUCUGCAGUUUAAGGAUGGUGAAGACCUGGGUUGCCUCCAGUCCAUCUUCAGAGUCAAUGAGGAGGCCGUAGACGCAGCAGGUGAUGCAGCCAAAAGACAUUUCGGCUAGUGAAACAUCAUUCAAGGACUUCUUGCUGCAUAACGACCCACCGGGCAGAGUCUGUAACAGAAGGGUAAUAACGUGGAACACUCGCAGCAAGCCACAUGGAUCGAUAAUAAAUCUGUCAAAUAUUUAUAAAUGUUGCAAUACAUUUCAUACUCUACAUGGAAACCCCACCAUAAAUAUAAUGAUGUACCUGAGCCCGACAA